AUGGGUGCAAAUAAUUCAAAUACGAAAUAUCAUGAAAAUAUUUGUAAUACACCACCAAAAAAUAAUAUUCAACUUUUAUUUGAUCCUCGAUCUCCUAGUGAUGCUAUUGCUCGAACACCAAUUCAAAUCGAUAGUCAAGUGCCUGUACAACCUUUAAAAUCAUAUAAUCAUCUUAUACCACGUAUUAUUGGACGAGAUAUAAGUAUAAAUGAAGAAAAUAAUGAAAAUAAUCCUAAUGAAAAGAAAGUUAAUAAUGAUGAAAAUGAAUCAAAACAUUUAAUUGAUGUUGAACCAAUAUUAGAUCCAAAUAAAAAAUUAACUAAUUUGGUUACUAACAAAAAAAUGAACAAUUAA